UGAAUCGACCGCACAGCUUCGCCCGUGAACGGAGCGCCAGCAGGCGAACGGCACAAAGAAAAAUGGCCGCCAGUGCCGUCUUCGUGUCUUGGUACCGUUACUCGACUGUUCGCUACCGUUGCGCCAACCUCGGAAGAGUCAGAAGAGUAUUUCCUCCGGUUCUGUCGAUCCCUCUCGAGUCUUUCGAUCCUCGCGCGUCCUUCCCGGCAGUGAUGGACCACGCGUCGCCACACAGCCUCCAGUCCUGAUCCGUCUGAAGAACUUUUUUUCAACUCGCAGGUUCUCCGGAUUCUUUUUUUCAUUUUAUUAUCAUUCUCUCAAACCGGGGUGCUCCAGCAAAAGUUACAAAUUUCAAUUAGAGGUGACCAGAGUCGUUUAUGCCAUAACAUUGUGAGCCAUGCAGUGCGUUGAUAUUGUACAAUUUAGUGACGGGAUUUAACCAGUUUUCAAUAAUGAAGAUAAUCAAAAUAUGGAAUUACACUAUUUGUUUGUGACCUGACACAUCGCGGACCGUGAUGACGGGGCUUUUGAACAUCUUACGACUAGAAGUUGAGGAGAAUUGAUCCGGCGACUCAAGUGAUAAAUUUAAUAUCGCAAAAUACGGUUUCCCCAUAUUUCGCGAGAUGUCAGUCGUCGAAGACGGUUUCCGGCUGGCGGGGGCACCUUCAGAGUCUUCGCUGACCAGCAAGGCGCGGAUCGACGCCCUCUUCGAAGACACGCGUUCAGUCUGCAGCUCCAUGUUGGGAGGCUGGUACGCGGAGGUGAAUCUGCCCGCGAUGACGUUCGACAAUUUGGACGAAAUCGGUGCCGAAGAGCAGAAACGAGUCAACAGCGCUGUCCAAGCUCGGAUCGAAGCCAUGUUCGCAUCAGUCGAAGCUGAGACUGGAAUCCCAGGGGAAUGCGCCGCCGCCAUAUUGCCAGUGAGAUACUUGGGAGCUGCGCCAGUUGGAGGUAGAGUGGCGAGUGUCCGCGGUCUUCAGGAGCCCCUCCGAGACCUCCUGGGUAGGUUGGAAAAGUCGCUGCCAGCUGAGCUGGAGGUCUCACGACGAGGCCUGACAUUUCGAACGAGCGAGUCGGUGGAAAAGACGAACCCCUUCCGGAGAAUCGCGGUCUGGAGCGCGUUGGGUCUGAGAUCAAAGAGGCUGGGAUCUGGCGAGCUUCAAUUCGCCUUCGUGCCGCUGGUCGGUGACGACGCGACUCCUUCGUCCUGCGGGGACGACAAGCACGCCGAUCUCUACCGGACGAUGAAGAGUUUGAAAAGAGGCGCGCGGUCCUGCCCGCCGAUUUUCGCUGUCGUGAUGAGACGUCCCGGCGCCGUGCGGCUGCUCGAAUGUCACGCCUUCGUCUGUCGAGUCGAGGAAGACGCCGUGGCAGCAGCCGCUACGCUUUACCGCGCGCUGCUCGCCGAUCUUGACGCCAACAGGCAGCGACCCAGACAGACAAACGGCGUUGGCCGUGUCAGCUUGGCUUCAGCAGCGUCGCUCUCCUCGAGCAUCGUGCGGGACGCUCUGCCAACCGGAAGAAGCCGGCUCGGUCCUCCACCUCCGAGACCGACGGCUCCGCAUCCCGUCCGCCCUCCGAGGGUAAAGAAGAACUCGCUGUUCAAGGACGAGGGUAGUUCCAGUGGACUCGAAAAUUUGGUCGAGAGAAGCGGGAAGACCGUCGAGGUCAAGGCGGAGGACAUAUUGGAAGGAAGGAGUCGCCGGUCAUCCGUCGCCCUGAGCGUUGCAUUGCCGCUGUCGCUUACGGUCGAUAAUAACUCGGUCAGUCAGAAGGUUCUUCAGGAGAACAACAAGAACAAUUCGAUGUAUGGGAAGUCGGUGAUUUCAGCUCGGAAUCAGAACCAGUACGAAAUAUUCCAAAGAAUAGACAGUAACCGAAACGAUAUUAAGGACAACUUUAGGACCCGAGGGCAUUCCGGUUCAACGUACGUCGGAGUUGAGACGAAAAUUCCUGGACCUCGCAACACCGGGAAAUUGGAUGACGGGAAGCUGCAAGUUGAGAAGGAUGAUCGCUCGAAUGGCGGGAUAAGACGGCCGACUUCCAGCAUCGGCGAGGAACGUGUCAACAUACUUAAUCAGAAUCAGGAGAAUAUUCAGCCGACGAAGAAGCAGGGUUAUCAAAGUCGAGCGAGCAGUGUGACGAGCGAGAGGAGCAACUCGAACGGGAUUUACAAUCAAAUAUCGGGUUCGUACAACAUCUACGAUCAAAGUGAGGCUAGCAAGCGCAGCAAAGAUCAGAGGCAGGUGUACGAGGAGCACUUCAGGGACGUCGACAAGAUUUCAACUCUGAAUCAGGACGAAGACGAGGAGUAUAUCGAAAAAGGAAAGUCUUGGUACCCGAGAAACUCCGCAGUGUACAAAGGGCGUAAUAGCCAAGAGGCUAAAGGUGCUAAAGUCACUGAAAGACAGUCUUCAGCGUCGAAUGUCUCGCUGACGAAACCAGCAUCGAAAAAUACGCUCACCUCCAAGGUUACGGAAUAUUCGCAGCCGAAACCGCGAAGGAGCAGCAGAGCCGGUAGUGAACCUCCGAGAAUCGGUCGCGUGGAAAAUGAUUUGGUGUUUUCCUCCGCCGCGCAACAGGAAAAUCGGCUCAAGAAAGCACAGAGUGAUCUCGACUUGGACGGUGGCGAUUUGCUGACUAGGGUUGAACUGCCCAGAAGAGGGAGCUUUCUGAACUCUAGCAGCACUAGAAAACCUGAGAAAUUUCAAGGCCGCACUCCUCUAGGAUUCACCGAAUUGUUCGACGAGUUUCGGAACCAGGAAGGCCUUACCAGUGUCGACGAUAUUCUAGCUGCUAUAAUUGAUCCCGAAGGAAUGUCCUUCAACGAUCUGAAGCCGCUCUAUAAGGAGUUCCUCCUGAAAUUAGCUACGACCUUGACACGCGACGAAUUGUACGAGCGUUCAGCGAGCAUAAUGCGAAGGCGUCGUCGACCGCAACGAGGUCGAGCGUCGCGACGCCCUUGUCUGCUUGGUCGGGCCAUAAAGCGGUCAGUUUCCCGGCUGAAAGGCGGUCCGACGGAAUUCACCUCGGUCAUUUUUCCCGCGAGAAAAUUGAACGACAGUCUGGGUAGCAGUUCGUCCUAUGACGUCAGAAAUACCAGGAAUCGAGUCCUCACCAGUAAACUAAACCGUAAAAGAUCUUCUCGAUGCCGUCCGAAGGCCGCCAUUGGACAAACAACCUCCGAAGACAGCGAUACUUGCAGACGUUUCGGCAGAGUAGUAGCAGCAAACCGAAGUAGCAGCGGAUACGUCAGCUGCAGUGAAUGUAGCUACGAUUCAGAAUCGUGCACGUGCGUCUCUGCGGACAAAUGCUACUGCUCUUUGUCGCGGCGCGUAUCGGCGCCGGAAAUUCCCGUUGCAACGGUGAUGUGUUCGUGCGACACGGACAGUUGUUCCGAAAGCAACAAGUGCUACUGCGCCCGAAAACUGCCAGUCCGACAGCCGACCAUUCUCGAACAACUCAGACAGCACGGCAUCGUCCCGUCGGAAAGCACCCUGAGUCGCGCUGGCAGUCCGCAAGUCGUCAGAACUGUCAGAACAAACAAAAGUUACUCCUCAUCCAGGAGCUUGGAGUUCCACAAGGUUCGCCCGAGGGCAAACAGUUCGGAUAAUCUGGCUUUGGACUACGACCUUUUCAGUCCGGGUAAAAACCCUCGAUCGAUAUCUGCGAACAGCGAUAAGGUAUUGGUAGUCGGUGCAAGAGAUCCGCAAGGACGUUUAAUCUACGUUGGAGGUACCGGAAGAGGAAAGCGAGCUGCUGCCAGUGAGACUGGCAGAUCGAGAGCGCACCACGAAGCGCUGUCGAUAAAAAAAAGUGCCGAAAUUGCCGCGGUAUUUGGCAGCUCUGCUAAGGUCGGGAGAAGAGCCAGUAACGCGUCGAGCUUGAAAAGUUCAGCGAGCAUGGAAGCUGGACUUGGCUAUCUACCUUGAUUGACGCAAUUAGUAUUAUAAUUGCCAUUUUUUCUGUACAUAAUAUUACGAUAAUUUGUGCAGUACGCCAGUUUGUAUAGAUGGAGAAUUUGACCAGUUACCAGCACAAGAUCAGGUUUCCGACAAAAAAAAAAAAAAAAUGAAAGUUUCUCGCUUUUAGAAGCAGUUUACGUUAAUAUUUGCAAGGAAAUCUUGUCGAGAAUUUAUGAAUAAUAGGAGAUACCGAAAAAACGUUUAUUCUGAGUGUUAGCAGACUUCAGUCGCUCGCAGUAAAUGUACCACACUAACUAUCAUUCCACCAUAUUUAAUUAUAAAAUCUAUUUCUUUGCAUCCAUUUUACUCUGUAUUGAUUCACGGUCAGAAAAUGGAAGGCCAACGACUUGCACGAUGUUUUCUGUUCCUUCGUACGUUUGUUAAAUUCAUCGAAAACAAUCAGCUGAUAGCCCAAUGUGACACCAUAUUGUCCUAAUCACGCCCAUAUUGUCAAGGAUCCCACGGGUCAAUAAUGUAACGUAUUGAUAACUAAAAUCUGUGGGACGAUGUAGUUCUCAGAAAUGUAUCACAUUUUUGAGUUGAUCGAGUGCUGAUAAUUAUAUCUAGUCAAACUUGUCUAAUUACAUUGACCACUCAAUGCGCAAAUGGUACGGGAACGCCGAAGACGUGGAGAACGCGCUUGUAAACGAUCGCCUUCGAAAUUGUUGGCGGUGUUUUCAUACGGAUUAUAUGUUAUAACCUGCCAUCCAACUGCCAAUUACCAACGUAUUGUAUAUCAGUUGAGACAUUGGUCCGCAAGAUAAAUUUUACCCGGACUGCAGGAGUCUCGAUCUGAAAAAGUAUUCAUCUGAAAAUCUUGUAUUCUUGCAAUCAGACAAGUUUGACCAUAGUCGAAUUUCUUACGCGUAUACAUUGUACCUAUAUGUGAUAAGAUAGAUAUCAUGAAUCUUUAGAUGAUAUAAAUAUAUGCAGCUAUAAUACUUUAUCAAAUGACCUCUAAUUGUCACGGAAAGUCUCACUUUCUAGACAGAUCACGGUACGGAUACAGGACAAAUUAUCGACCUACAGGGUAUUCGCAUUCUUAAGAACGUCACAAAAUGUCGUUCUUGAAUAAUUUAAUAGGACGAUAGUAUGAAAUUCUCUGUCCUGAUUGACCUGCUUUAAGUGAGAAAUAUAAGUGAGUAUAGGAUAAUAAAAUCGUACUACUAGUAUUUCUUUGUCACGGUUUAUUUUGGUUUAAAAAAAAAACUUAAAUGUGUCAGGAUAACAGUGUCAUUGAUUACAUUAUAUAUUUAAAAGUUUUGUCAAUUUUUGAUGGAAUUUUUACUUUUUUUUAAACUGAACUAAAUGAUUUAUUAUAUUAUAAAAGAUUUAAGGGAAAGUGCAAUGUUUUAGAGUAAACCCAGUUCACUGAUUUAAGGGGAAGUGCAAUAUUUUAGAGUAAACCCAGGUCACUAAAAUUAACUAUUCAUUUGUAGAAUAAUUUUAGUGAUAAGGUUUUCGUAUUUACGUAUUACAACAAAGUGUCACGAUUCAUGUUUCAACUCAACGAUUACCACGGAAGAGUAAAAUUUCUCCUAUGAAUCGUUUAAA